AUGGCUCAUUCGCCUACGUGGAAGCGAGUCCAUGCGACAAUACGAUGGAUACCUUUCGCAUUUAUCGUUUCAAUUAUAGCAUUCGCUUUUGGAGUUUUGAUUAAUAUGCAUGUUUCUUAUACAUUAGCAUACAAGCAUUGGUAUCUUUCAUCAAUUAUCAACAUCUUACUAACAACAUUCUUUGCUGGAAUGGCAAUUUGGUCUUUCUUGGUCGCCGUUUUCAAGAGUCCGGGGCAUCCUUAUGUUGGACUACGUGAUGAUAUGGAAGAUGACAUAGGCUCGGAAGAUGGAAAGGAUGAUCACAAUGGACGAUCGGCCCACUCACCUCUUUUGGCAAACGGAUCAGCCGAAAGAGAAGAUCCAAACACAGCAGUCUUUGAUGCUCCCAUCUUACCCGGUCAGCCUAGAAUGCCUUCACGAACGGGAAGAGCGCAACUGAACGACGUCAUGUCGGUGGUAGAACGAGCAAGACAACAACGCGAUGAUGGAAGAGUGUACUUGAGUGGACUACAGGUAAAGAACACCGGAGACAGAAGAUGGUGCAAACAAUGUAAUUGCGAGAAGCCAGAUAGAGCUCAUCAUUGCAGCACAUGCGGUGUUUGUGUUUUACGUAUGGACCAUCAUUGUCCUUGGUUGGCAUCAAAAUGCAUUGGUCUAAGAAACCAUAAAGGCUUCUUUUUGUUCCUUUUCUAUACAGCAUUGUUUUGCUGUUAUGCCGCUCAGGAUUGUGGACGUGCUCUGCUACGAUAUGUGGACGAAGAGGUAAACGGAUACGAAACGACGCCGAUUACGUGGGCUGUGAUCUUAUUCAUGGGCUUGAUCUUUGGAUUGGCAUUGGUCCCUUUUUGCGGAUAUCAUGCCUACCUGAUCUGUCGUAAUCGCACAACCCUGGAAUCUAUGGAAGGUUCAGGUAGGGUCCGAAUUUCUGUGCCUAGACCUUCUUCGCUGCCAAAAAGAGAAUCGGUUGCAGAUCGACUCAGAAGGUUGGCACCCAAAACUGAUGGAGCACAAGGAAGAUCAUCUCAAGAAGCGUCGGAAAAUCAAGAGGGUAACGCUUGGAAGAGAGAUGAAGAAUUGACGAGAGAUGAACGCAAAACACUUCGAAAAGCGAACAAUUUGAACAUUUAUGACAUUAACGUUCGAAGGAAUUGGUGCAGCGUCAUGGGAGACAAUUGGAUCUUGUGGUGGUUCCCGAUAGGACAUCCAGAGGGCAAUGGCAUGAGCUACGAAGUGAAUGAGAAGACCUUACAGAAACUAGAGGAAAUCACCACAAAUGUACGUGAUCAUCAGAAUACGAACCAGCUAAAUCGAAGUUCGACCCCAGACAACAGUCGAUUUUCUUCUAGCUCAGUAGCACAAGAUCAUGCCAAACACCGCAUUUCGGGAGCAUUUUCUUCCCCUGUCAGCUCGAUCAGAAGUAAAGUUCGUUCGUCUUCAAACAGCGGCUCGACCGAUGCCACAUACAAGGCUUCAAACAAUGGUCGACAUAAGACAGGUCAUGGCGUUAUAGAGUGGGGUGCUCCACCUAAACGUGAUUUUGUUCUAUAUGGAAUUGGCGAUGACGAUGAUGAGAGUGGCGGUGUGUUUGAUCAUCAGGAUCAGGACAACCAGAACGGCGAUGCACAGCCGCGGACGGUACGUUCUCAACAGAUGGAUGCAGACGUUUGGUCGUCUUGAAUGCAGCUAUGUGUGUACAAGUAUUGAUGGACAUUACAGUUGUGAGGAUAAUGAUACAUUUCUUUGCGAUUUAUGCUUUUGGUAUAAUUCAUGUAUGAAUAGAUUUUCAUGUUACAAUGCGCAAUUCUGCACAUGCACUUUCUAAGAUUUCUUCAAUCUUUCUCCUUGGAUGUUGCCAGUCUUUUGCGAUCUUUUGCCAUAUUUCUCCAUGCUUUGGAUGUGCACGUUUGC